GCAGUAGAACAGGGACAGAGACAGAGCUGGCAAUCAUCUCAGUGCAGGCUGCUGAAUGACUGAGCGAAUGAGUGGCUGGCAAUCCACCUGGUUUGGAGGCGACCCCCUGGUUUUGCUGCUCUCUGAAUCCUCUACCCAUCUGGGAAGGUAACAGUGAGACGUACCAUCUGCAGCACGCACAGCAGCUAUUGGAGGCUACUACUGACAGUUUGCACUACAGUUUUUUGGUGAGCAAGAAGCCAGGUAUAUUGUACAGUAGAAUAUUUCUGCGCUUGAGCUGCUGCAUUUCACAAUCUGGUCCUUCGGCAACCCCCCACGCUUCCUCUUCCAAUUGCCUCCGAGUUCUGGGCUUACUUUUGGCAUAGUCUCUAGAUGCAUUUUGCUGAGGAUGGUAGAGCAGUAAAUGGAACCUCUGAACACUGAUUAUUUUGCUUCUGUGUGACUCGAGAAAAGAGAGAAGAAUGAAGUACAGCUAAAGGAAUUUACAUUUCUUUUGGAGAACUUUGCAGAGGGACAAUACAAACGAAAUGAGUUUCUUUUUUGCAAGAAAUCAUCAUUAUUUAUUGAAUUGGAAAGCUAGCAGACUGAUGGUCCCCUGGGUGCUGUGAAUAACAUGAUUUUUACCUUCUUCAUCACAGAAAUCCCCUUUAAAAGACACUCCUCCAUAGAUCUUGAAGAUCAGAUUUGAUUCAAUAAGGUAGAGUGACAGGUGUACAAGACAUGGAAUAAUAUAUCCUGAGAGCAUGCAAGCACUCUGGAAAUACAAAACCUGUGGAUCCUGUCUAUGUGGUUUUUGAUAUUCUCACCAGUGUCCACAGUACUCAAAGGAUUGAUGGGUGAAUGCUGUGAGGUGGUCCAGGCAACUCUGUGGAACAUUCUCCAAUGGACUAGUAGGAUGAGAAGAUCCAAGAGUAGUUUGGGGAACAAGGAGAAACAUCACCUCUCAUGACGGUAAAUCUACCAAAAAGAGUUUCUGGAGGGCAAGAUGCAAAAUGCAACUCUAAAAACUUCUAGGCAUAUGGAAACUCCAAACUGAAGUAAGAGGAAAAGAGACUGUCGUCUCAGACUUCUUUAUACCAUACUGCAUCUGCAUCACAACACCAGCAGUUCAUAUGGCAUCAUUAUAUAUUGGUUGAAAACACUGAGUGAAGCAUUAGGAAUAUGGGAAUGAUCUUGGCUCACAGGGCCUGGGAGGAAGGCAUCUUGACAUCUCUGCAUACACAUUCUCGACAAAGUUAACUUUCAGUAGCGUAACAGCUGUAUCCUUCAAGCUGCCUCUAAGAAGAAGUCUGCAGAGAUAGAUUAGCUUUGUCAUUCUUUACUCCAUCUUCUGCAUUGGAGCUUAAGAGGACAAUGCUUUUUCCUUAGAGGAAAAUGUGUACUACAUCAGGACUAAGUAUCCGACUAUUCAAACUCCAGAAGGACCAACACUAGAUAAAUUAUGAAUGUUGAACAAGAUGACCUUACAUCCACAGCAGAUAAUGAUAGGUCCUAGGUUUAACAGGGCCCUAUUUGACCCCCUGCUUGUGGUGCUGCUGGCUCUUCAGCUUCUUGUGGUAGCUGGUCUAGUGAGGGCUCAAACUUGCCCUUCAGUCUGCUCCUGCAGCAACCAGUUCAGUAAAGUGAUUUGUGUACGGAAAAAUUUGAGAGACGUGCCAGACGGCAUCUCCACCAACACCCGGUUACUCAACCUACAUGAGAACCAGAUCCAAAUCAUUAAGGUGAAUAGCUUCAAGCAUCUGAGGCACUUAGAAAUACUGCAGCUCAGCAGGAAUCACAUCAGAACAAUUGAAAUAGGGGCCUUCAAUGGUCUGGCCAAUCUUAAUACUUUGGAACUCUUUGACAAUCGUCUGACCACUAUCCCAAAUGGAGCUUUUGUAUACUUGUCAAAACUGAAGGAACUUUGGUUGAGAAACAACCCCAUUGAGAGCAUACCCUCUUAUGCUUUUAACAGAAUCCCUUCUCUCCGGAGACUGGAUUUGGGAGAAUUGAAAAGGCUUUCAUACAUCUCAGAAGGUGCCUUUGAAGGUCUGUCCAACUUAAGAUAUUUGAACCUUGCCAUGUGCAAUCUGCGAGAGAUUCCUAACCUCACCCCACUUGUAAAACUGGAUGAGUUAGACCUUUCUGGAAAUCACUUGACCGCCAUCCGGCCAGGUUCCUUCCAAGGGUUAAUGCAUCUUCAGAAAUUGUGGAUGAUACAGUCCCAGAUUCAAGUGAUAGAAAGGAAUGCUUUUGAUAACCUUCAAUCACUUGUGGAGAUCAAUCUGGCACACAACAAUCUAACACUACUGCCUCAUGACCUGUUCACACCACUUCGUCUAGAAAGGAUCCACUUGCAUCACAAUCCUUGGAACUGCAACUGUGAUAUCCUUUGGCUCAGCUGGUGGAUUAAAGACAAGGCACCCUCUAAUACUGCAUGCUGUGCCCGUUGCCACACACCUCCCAGUUUGAAAGGAAGGUACAUUGGUGAGCUGGACCUGAACUACUUCACCUGUUAUGCUCCAGUCAUAGUGGAGCCACCAGCAGACCUGAACGUCACUGAAGGCAUGGCUGCAGAGAUGAAAUGCCGGGCAUCAACCUCCCUGACCUCUGUAUCUUGGAUUACUCCAAAUGGAUCUGUUAUGACACAUGGGGCAUACAGAGUUCGGAUUGCUGUGCUCAGUGAUGGCACAUUAAAUUUUACAAAGGUAACUGUGCAAGACACGGGUUUGUAUACAUGCAUGGUGAGUAACUCUGUUGGGAAUACCACAGCUUCUGCCACACUGAAUGUGACUGCCCUGGAUAACCCCGGCUAUACAUAUUUUUCAACUGUCACAGUGGAGACUGUGGAACCUUCUCAGGAUGAGGCACAGACAACAGAGCAGGUUGGGCCCACACCAGUUACCAACUGGGAGACCACUAACAUGACAACCUCACUCACUCCACAGAGCACAAGAUCAACAGAAAAAACGUUCACCAUUCCUGUGACGGACGCAAACAACGGGAUCCCAGGAAUAGAUGAGGUUAUGAAGACUACUAAAAUCAUAAUUGGUUGUUUUGUGGCUAUCACUCUCAUGGCUGCUGUGAUGCUGGUAAUUUUCUACAAAAUGAGGAAACAGCAUCACCGGCAAAACCAUCAUGCUCCAACACGGACUGUAGAAAUCAUAAACGUGGAUGAUGAGCUUACAGGUGACACACCCUUAGAGAGUCACUUGCCCAUGCCAGCAAUUGAGCAUGAGCACCUAAAUCACUAUAACUCUUAUAAGUCUCCUUUCAACCACACAACAACAGUUAACACAAUAAAUUCAAUACACAGUUCAGUGCAUGAACCGUUAUUGAUCCGAAUGAACUCAAAAGACAAUGUACAAGAGACUCAAAUCUAAAACGUUUAUGACAUUAUGGGGUGGGGGUGGGAAAAACAAAAUAUGGUUUAUAAAAAAAAUGACACAAAUGACUGGGCUAAAUCUACUGUUUCAAAAAGUGUCUUUACAAAGAAAAAGAAAUUUAUUUAUUAAAAAUUCUAUUGUGAUCUAAAGCAGACAAAAUUAUGUGUAUUCCUCAGAACCUCUUUUUGCUGCACUUAUUUACCCUCCUCCUCCCCUUUUUAAUUCCCAGCCAACCCUGGUUCCCAUUUGCCAUAUUUUUCAUAGGAGAUCUUGAUUCCGUACAGGAACUGGCCUAGGAAAUUUUGUAAGAAUUCUGUUACACUUUGGGAAUUUUUAUGGUGAAUACUAGUGGUGAGAUUCAGUCUAUUUUGUCACUUCUUUUUCUCUUUUUUUGUUUUCUCAUGCCCUUUAUGAAAUUAUUCAACAGGGAAUGGAAUAUUAGCAGCAACUUUACAAGUGAGCAAACAUACAAGCAAAACUUUUUUUCC